AUGGCGCACAAAGACGCCCUUGCCAUCAGCCGUCUUUUGGCAGUGCAGACGCCAGAGAACCUCGACCUCCUGAUCGACAUCGCGGGCGACCCCUCACGCCUCGGCUUCCUCGCCGACCACUUGCGCAGCCUUGCAGGUGACGGUCGAGCACCCGCAUCAGCCCUCGUACCUUUGUCGUCUGGCAGCUCGGCCCGCGCGAUUGCCCUCGCUCCUCAAGAUGGACACGAGCACCAGCCUUUCCGCCAACUCGCCGCAAACUCGGACGGACCCAUCUUCCUGGGAAGGACCGGCAUCUCCGACGAAGACUACGUCAGUCCAGCCUUCUUCCGCACCGUCUGCGGCUCUGUCGACGAGCCAACCUAUCUCAAGAUGGUGUUGAUGAUCCUCAAGACGGACAAGCUGGACAUCAGGAUCGGCAACUCUUGGGCUCGUCGUCUGACGGUCGACAUGGGCGAUGGCGUCAGGACUGGCUUGGUGGCCGAAAAGGGCUCGGUUCUGUACGACUCCAAGGACUCGUACCCGGACGGAACCCUCAUUGCUGCCGAAGACAUCGAGGGAUUCAUCAAGCGUGGUGAGCAGAGUCUCUUCUUCGACAAGCAGGCCAAGGCGCUCCUGUUUCCCGACGAGAUCCGUCCGCCCUGGCAGGUUGUGCAGGCCUGGCACAGUCUCAUCGACCGGAAGCGCAAGCGCGCCAAGUUGAUGAUGGUCCCCGCACGUCAUGUUGAUGCUUGA